CGCGUGCGCAGACAGUGCCCGAGGCUCGCGGUGGCGGUAACGGCUCGUGCGCGCGCUGCUUCCAUCUUGUUUUUAUUUGUUUACGUCUGCGCGGUGCGGACGGAGUGCGCGAGCGGGGCGACCGGCGGCGCGCACGAGGUGCGUUCGUAGUACGUGUGCAGCGGUGGGCGAGUGGUGACGUGACGUGACGUGACGUGAGGUGGUGCGCUGUGGUGUGUGGUUUCGAUGUGAACGACAACCGGGCAUCGAGUGUGAUUUCGCGAUGAGUAGCGGAGGCGGAGGCGUUGUGAGCGCCAACGGCGUCGCGAAGCCGGACGCCGACGACACCGCGACGGACGACAAGACGCCGACGAAACCGCUGACGAAGACGCCGUCCAAGUCGCCGUCCAAGUCGCCGUCGAAGACGCCGACGAAAACACCGACGAAAACGCCGCCGACGACACCUGACGACUGCACCCCGCCGGCGGCGGACGCGACGCCCAAGAAGCAGACACCUGCAGGCCAGGGCUUCACGGCGAUCAUACGGGGCUCGGACCCGCGCGUGGCCACGUGUCGCGGGAAGCUGCAGAGCAAGCGCUCCAAGCUCAACCAGGAGAUCAACAAGGAGCUGCGCCUGCGCGCCGGCGCAGGCGCGCGAGUGCCUGCUGGAGAAGCUGGAGCUGCAGGCGCCCGAGCCGCGCUCGCUGGACGCCAGCCUGGACCUGGCGCAGGAGGCCGCGCAGGUGGGUGCCUCUCCCUUGCCGCAUCCGCCUUUUAA